AUGGUAGAGCGUCUGAAACCUUUAAUGACAAAUCUGAUUGGUCCGGCUCAAGCUAGUUUUAUCCCCGGGAGAGUAAGUACGGAUAAUAUAGUGUUCGUUCAAGAAGCAGUCCAUUCCAUGAGAAGAAAAAAAGGGGUAAAGGGCUGGAUGCUUUUGAAGUUGGAUUUGGAGAAGGCUUAUGAUAGGAUCCGAUGGGAUUAUCUGGAGGAUACACUUAUUUCUGCGGGGUUCCCCGAAGUUUGGCUUCCGGAGAUCGCCCGGAGCACGUUUGGUGCAAGGAGGGUUGCUCCUGAAGUGGGUCGUGCGGAUGCUUCUAAACGACCGCGGGUAAGCGACCAUAGAUGGGGCUUUCGUUACGACGAUAUGGCUGCUCCCUUUACUUCUAAUUCUGUUGCUUGUGCUGAGCUUCUUCGUGAAAUUGGUCGUGGCUCGGGUAUUCCUUCGAUGCCCUUAGACUUGAAGGAGGAGAAAGUUUUCGCCGGAGCGGCCAGGAAGUCGAUCGAGGCGAUCGCCGAAUGGGAUCGUUUGACUUAUUUGUACGAGCGUUGUGUUCGGAGCCUUUCCGUAGAGGCUACUAACGCGAAAGAUGCCCAUGAGGCUUUGGCCGUUGAAAAGGAAAAAGUAGCUCAGGCGCUGGCCGACCUGGCAAGGUCUCAAGACGACGCCAAGGAGAUGAAGAGGAAAUAUGACGAGUUAGCUGGUCGCGCUCUUUCGGAGAUGAAGAGGCUUCGAGAACGUCGACUUGAAUAUGCUGAAUUUGUCCGGAGAUCGGCCCUUGAUAAGAUGGCGGAGCUCGUUCAGAAGCGAUUGGAUCGUAUUAAAGCUCAUAUUGACGAUACGAAGGCGGCAGAACCAAAGUUUCUUGAAUUCAACCAAAUGUUAAGAUUGGUAGCGGAUGCAGAGGAAUUGGAGGCCGAGGUGAAAGCUUUUGGUAUCACCGAUCUUAUGGACGGCGACUUCGAUGUUCGUACUUUAUUUGCCGAGCUGAGUCCUGAUAAUCGUAAUUCCGUUCCACCGCCGACUGAAGGGGAAGAUCUCGCGGAUGGACGAGGUGAGUGCGAAGGCCAAGCUGGUGAAAGAAUCGUUGGUCAAACUGAAGUUCGAGACGAGAUCGCGGAUGCUAGAGACUGAUAUUCCAGGAGGCUAAGCCAAAGGGAAGAAGCGGAGCUCAGAUGCCUAAAGAGAUCCCAAUAUGGCAAAACAAAAAAUAUUCUAAAAACUGAAUAAUCAACGAAUUUUAUAUUAUGUGACCAAAAAAUGAAAACAGAAACUA